AUGUCUCGCCGCAACAGCAGCGUCGUCGGUCCCGACCCAGAACAGGCACGCCGCCUCUCGAUUGCUACUCCGGACAUCAAGCAGGUUCUCCACGAUGCCAGCAAAGGAACCCAGGCCGAGCAGCAGAUGAGCCUGGCACAGGGCAUCAAGCUUUACCCCAAGGCCAUCGCCUGGUCCGUUCUACUCUCUGCAGCCAUCAUCAUGGAGGGCUUUGACAAGGUCCUCAUUGCCAACCUCAUGGCAGUGCCAGCCUUCAAGCGCAAGUUUGGCCAGCCGCUCCCUGACGGCAAGUACGAGGUCACCGCGGCAUGGCAAGCCGGACUAACCAACGGCGCCUAUGUUGGCGAGUUUAUGGGUUUGAUGCUCAACGGCCUGAUCGCAGAUCGAUUCGGAUAUAAAAAGACCAUGAUUGGAGCCUUGUUUGCCACAAACAUGUUCAUCUUCAUCGUCUUCUUCGCACACAAUGUUGAGAUGCUCCUAGGCGGCCUUAUCCUUUGUGGUAUUCCAUGGGGUGUCUUCCAGACUCUGACUUGCACAUAUGCUGCCGAAGUCGUGCCUGUUCCUCUCCGUCCCAUUCUCACCACCUACGUCAACCUCUGCUGGGUCAUUGGCCAAUUUCUCGCCUCGGGUGUGCUCAAGGGCGUGGCCGAGAGACCCGAUCAGUGGGCCUACCGCAUCCCCUACGCCCUGCAGUGGCUCUGGCCUCUUCCCCUGAUGAUUGGCAUCUCGUUUGCACCAGAGUCGCCCUGGUGGCUCGUGCGCAAGGAUCGCUGUGAUGAGGCAAAGAAGAUGUUGAUGCGCCUGACUUCUCCCGAGAGGCUCCCCGAGUUCAAUCCCGACGAGACUAUUGCCAUGAUGCGCCACACUAAUGCUAUGGAGAUGGCUGUAUCCGAAGGCACUUCGUACCUCGACUGCUUCAAGGGAACCGACCUCCGACGAACCGAGAUUGCUGCCAUGGCGUGGUUUACCCAGGCUUUCUGUGGAGCUGGUCUCAUUGGAUAUAGCACCUACUUCUUCCAGCAAGCCGGUCUCAGCGAUGCUGACUCCUUUUCCAUGAGUCUUGGUCAAUACGCAAUCGGUGCUGUGGGUGUUUUUGCCGCCUGGGCCCUCAUCCAACGGAUUGGACGUCGAACUCUGUACGUUGUUGGCGAUUUUGUCAUGGUCAUGCUUAUGUGCAUCAUCGGCGGUCUUGGUACUAUUCCCAAGGGCAACAUUGGAGCACAAUGGGCAAUUGGUUCUAUGCUUCUGCUCUUUGCCGCUGCAUACAAUUGCACUGUCGGUCCAGUGUGUUACUCGAUUGUCGCCGAAAUCCCAUCCACUCGUCUCCGCCAGAAAACCGUUGUCCUUGCCAGGAACUUUUACAACAUCGGAUCCAUCAUUGGCAAUAUCCUGACUCCACGCAUGCUUAACCCCGGUGCCUGGAACUGGGGUGCCAAGAGCGGCUUUUUCUAUGCUGGGACUGCUUUCCUAUGCUUCGUAUGGGCCUUUUUCCGCCUUCCCGAACCCAAGGGAAGAACUUACGGAGAACUCGAUAUUCUUUUCGAGAGGCGCGUGCCUGCACGCAAGUUUGCUACCACCAUUGUUGACAGCUUCAAUGUCAGCGAUGCCGACAGUGAUUAUACAGAGAAGAAAGGAGCUUCCACUCAUCUUGAGCAGGUCCAAUCCAAGGAGGCUAUUUGA